AUGGCGAAAAGAUUUAUUUAUUCUCCGUGUCAAAGUGUACAUUUAAAGUUUGGGGAAGCAUCUUAUGACCUUCUCACGGAUUUCCUUUUUAAUCUCAACAAAAGAAACAAAGAAAAUCUCGACAGUUUAUCACAAUGUAGCGGAGACUUCAAAGAGAAGAGACUAAUGGAGUUCAUUUUCCUGAUAACUAAAGAACUGGGCCUCGAUCCACUGGUUGGGUACCAUGCUAUUGAAUUGCUUCGAAGGUUCAUGGUUAAGCACCUUGAAGAUCUGUUCACCACACCGACCCCUCAAGGUGCAGCUGCUGAUGAACCACAAAGUUAUGAGGAUGUUGUUUUUGACAAGCUCAAGGCGAAAUUCCCCCUAAUCGUCUUUUCCUGCAUCCAACUUGCAAGCAAACUGUCUCUGCACAGUCAUAUGAUCAACAACAAUACUGCUGUGCGCUUUCUGCAAUCGAUGGGCCACAGUGUUUCCAAGCAGACUGUCCUGGAAGCAGAGCUGAUGGUCUUGAAAGGGCUUGGUUUCAGACUAAAUGCUACUAAUCCUCUGAUGUAUGUGGAAAUACUUCUGGAAGUGCUUGGACAUAAUGAACCAUUUAUCCCUGUGGAACGCCUGUAUCACCUUUGCCACCAUGUACUCCAGUUCGUCAGCCUGCAGAGGACUACCAUUUAUCAAUCCUUGUUGAUGACUACAACUCAGUGUCUCAGCCCUCCCAGGGAACAGAGAGAGAAGUUUGAGACAGUAACUGAAGACUGCAUGCUUCUUGCUGUUGGUGUCAUCGCCGUGGCUACCUUCAUCCUCUGUGUCAGAAAAUGGGAACAGGUGGUGAGAGAACUGAGCCACAUCACAGGGAUCUCAACAAAGAGCAUCAGUGAUUUUGCUUAUGUGACAUUGAUGCACAUUGCUGGAGCCAGUUCAACUUGA